AUGACAUCUCAAUUGGGCAGAAUAGGCAUUCCGAUAGCCGUGGGCACCGGACAGCUAUAUCUCGCCAUUAACAUAGCCGCUUGGGCACAAACACUCGAACUGUCGAGGCACAUCGCAGACUCGGCUGCGGGUGGAAUUAGAACAGCUCCACCCCUGCACACUGUUUCACUGUGUAGAAACGGACUCCCCAUGAAUGGCGCGCGCAAUAACGCGCCGGUGCUAAACGGCACGAAAAUUUUAAUAGCGGGAUACAGGACGUUUGUUUACAGGCUGCAUUACUUCUCGUCUACCGCCAUUACUCCAUACUCUCUAGAUAAUGUGGACCAGCACUUCAAUGACUUUGUCGUGAAAUAUAAUAAAAUAUACGCUGACGAAGAAGAAAGAUUAAAUCGAUCUCAAAUAUUCGCUGAGAACUUAAAGACGAUUAUUGAAUUGAAUGCAAGGAGAGAAUCACAUCUUUACGAUGUAACACACUUUAUGGACCUCACGCAAGAAGAGUUCACCAUGAGGUACACUGGUUUGAGCGAAGUCUUUCUCACAAAUGACUGCCCCUACUUACACGAUGAGGACAUUGAAGACGUCGAUGCUCCUGAGUCAUUCGACUGGCGUGAUCAUAAUGCUGUGACUCCAGUUAAAGACCAAUAUGAUUGUUCAAGUUGUUAUGCCUUCAGUGCGAUUGCAAACAUAGAAAGUCAGGUAGCCAUCAAGUAUAAUAUGCAGGUUGAUUUAUCAGAACAGCAGAUAGUUGACUGUAACAGAAGAACUCUAGGUUGUAAGGAAGGACUUAUGGCACCGACUUUCAGGUAUCUGAUGGAAGCUGGCGGAGCUGUUAGCGAACCAGACUACCCCUACUUUGGUUAUCAAAGUCAAUGUUACUUCAAUCGUUCGUGGCCGCUACUUAACAUCUACCCUCGGUGGCCGCCAGUCCGAGUGAUCAGCUGUUAUUCGUUACGUCUUACCUCGCAAGAGAAGGUGAAACAAUUGCUAUACAAGUACGGACCUAUAUCUAUCGCAAUUCAAGCAGACGAAUUCCGGUAUAUGGGACGUGUUGGCAUAAUUACUGAUCAGUUUUGUACUGGGCCACUAAACCAUGCUGUACUUCUCGUUGGUUAUGGAACUGAGAAUGGCAUGCCAUAUUGGAUUGUGAAAAAUUCAUGGGGUUCUGGUUGGCACGACCAGGGUUACUUCAAGAUGCAGCGCGGAGAGCAUGCAGAGUCAUGUGGCAUGAUGAAUGCUGGGAUGGCGAUAGCCUACAUCGCAUGAUUUUUAUGUCAAUCGACAGUUGCCACUACUACUUGUUGUUCUUUUAAACACCGUUUGGGUGAUUUUGUAAAAUAUCGUGAAUGUAACAAAAUUGUCUAUAACUAAUAAUCUAAAUUGAAUUUGAAAAGUUAAAAAAUAAAAGUUUUAGAAGUU